UCAAAGUUCCAACUUCACACUCCAGGAGGCGUCCAGAAAAAGUUGCACUUGGGAUUGAUUUUUUUUUCUUUUUCUUAUUCUUCUUCUUUUUGUUCUUUGUAAUUAUUAAACUUGGGCCAGUAUAUGUUGAAAAGUCAUGAAGCCUCAUUUGGCCACUUGAAGAUCUCCAAACUAAGAGACAGGCAGAACAACAUCAACACAAGGCUCCCGGUGUGGUGGCAACUCUCAGCUGAAAUAGGGCCUUUGCAGGGUGGAGGCAGCACGCUGCAGCCAGGACCUGUCACAUUACUCUCAGCUCCGCAGAGGGACCAGGGCACCUGAAGAGGAGCUGCAAGGGAAGGUAGCAGAGUGUGAGUGAGGGUAGACCAAACACAGGGCGACAAGGACACCUCCGCAGCAGCAGCAGACUUCAACGUGGGACCCGGGAGACACGUUUUCUCCUUGAGACAAACGGGAUCGCAGCUCUGUGUCGCUAGAGCUUGUCGUUGAAAGUCCUCCAACUCUUUGUAAGGCGUGGGAUCUCUUUGAAAACAAAACAAACAAACAAAAAAGAGCACAAUGGAUAGGGAUGCUCUGCUGGACUAUGAGUACCCGGACCUGGAUCCUCUGCCAACCAAAAUUGAAGUAGAAAUAAUCCCACCAUGUGACCCUACUGCAGAUGACAUGCUCUAUCAUAUAUGCAUCACUGCGAUAUCUGUUGUUGUCAUGCUGAUCCUAGCGGUCUUAGCCAGGCGCAUGAAGGUGGGCGACAGACAGAAAGGACUCCUAGGUUUACUCAGUCCAGUCAACUUCCUGGACCAUACACAGCACAAGGGCCUGGCAGUGGCUGUGUUUGGAGUGCUCCUGUGCAAACUGUGGGGUCUGAUCAUCUCACCAAACCCCCUCCCUUUCACAACAGACCCCGGGAAUAAACAGAACUGGGUGAUUUUGGGAGUCUUCUACUACCCCGCACUAUACUACCCUCUCCUGGCAUGUGGUACUUUACAUAAUAAAGUUGGCUACGUGCUGGGUAGCCUCUUGUCCUGGACACACUUUGGUGUUCUGGUGUGGCAGAAAAUUGACUGUCCCAAAACUCCUCUGAUACACAAAUACUACUCCCUGUUCUCCAGCCUGCCACAGAUUGCUUGCUUGGCAUUCCUCAGUUUCCAGUAUCCCCUUCUCCUAUUCAAGGGCUUAAAGGGCACUGAGAAGAACAAUGCCACAGAGGAUCUCAGCAGCAGCUACUACAGAGACUAUGUGAAGAAAAUGCUCAGUAAGAAGAAGCCCAGCAAAAUCGGCACAUCAAGUACAGAGAAGCCCAAACUCCCUCAAAGAGUCGUUGAUGCUGUGAAGUCAUACAUUUAUACACCGGAGGAUGCUUUCCGUUUUCCCCUGAAGCUGGCCAUAUCUGGUGUGGUGUCUUUUAUAACCUUGUAUCAGGUUGGUCUUCUCCUGAUCUCAGCGGUGGUGCCGACACUCCAGAUCGCCCGCUUGGGAGUUGAUGAGGACAUUGCAAACGUUUUAGCUGGCUUCAAAAUUAUGCUGUCUCCAGACAAACACGAAGUGGUCCGGAUAGUGGUUCAUUACAUGUGGUGUGUAGAAGUGUGCUAUAUCUCCGCGAUGACUCUGUCGGCUUUGGUCAACCUGGCUAUGCUCAUGCGGUCUAUGGUUCUGCAUCGGUCAAAUCUGAAGGGGCUGUACAGAGGAGAUAUCUAUAAUGUUUACAACUGCCAGAGAAGUAUCAGGGCUUCUCGGCCAGCGCUGGUCUGCUGGAUGGGAUACACCAGCUUCACUGCAGCUCACAUCUUCUUCGGCAUGAUGAUCCAGACCGUGGUGUUCUUCCUCUGCCUUCUGGUCGCUGUCUUCCUCAUAAUCAUGCCUGUCCUGCACGGACAGAAUCUGAUCCUUUUUCAGGUCCUGUGGAGCAUGUGGCCCUUCUGGCUGAUGAUUCUCUUGGCUGUGUUGAUUCAGCACAUCACCGCCAGGUUUUGCUUUAUCAAGAAAACAGCAGGCACGCGAGACCUAGACAACAGGGGUAAUCUGUUCCUGCUCACGUACCUGCUGUUUCCAGUCAACGUCCUGAUCGGGGUGCUCCUGGCAGUCUGGCGCCUGAUCAUCACAGCCCUGUUCAACAUUGUUCACAUGGGACGCAUGGACAUCAGUCUUCUUAACCGCAACGUGGAAGCGUUUGACCCAGCCUACCGCUGCUAUGCUCAUUAUCUGAAGAUUGAGGUGAGCCAAUCUCACCCCGUGAUGAAGGCCUUCUGUGGGCUGCUGCUACAGACCGUGGGCCAGGAGGGCAAAGCCGCACAGAGGUCACGCGACGCCGAAGAGGGGAUCCAGCUGGUCCAGCAGGAGAAGAAGCAGCACAAAGUGUCCAGCAUCAAGAGAGCCCGCGGCCACUGGCAGCUCCUGUACACACUGGUCAACAACCCCUCCCUGGUGGGCACCAGGAAGCACUUCCAGCGUCAGACCUCACAGAGCUUUCUGAACGGUAGCCUCAACCGCAGCACCAAGGAGGAGAGCAAAAAGGAGGCGACGACCAAGGAGGGCGCUGCCGGCAACUGAACAUGAAUGUGACCCUGAUCGCACGUUGGCUGCAGAGUCUCCUUUGGUUUUGGUCAAAUAAUUUUUGUCACAGGUUUUGUCCAGACCUGCUAUAUGCACCUUGCAUUUGGUGAAAUAAGUGCAUUAUAGCCCAGUGCCUCAGUGAGAGAUUUUCAUCAGGCCUUCCCUGUUUGCCUGAAGGCUGUGACUCCUCUCCUCUGCGCUCUUAGUGUUCUUCUACAUGGGGGACUUCAGUCUCCAGCCUGAUAGGAAAUCUUGUGUGGCUCUGAGUACUCCUCGAAACACACUCAUUAAAAACAUAAUUCUCAACAUCAUUUAUGUGCUUAUUUUGGGAUAGAACUCAUUUGAACUACAUUUCGACCUUUAGGUUAAUCACACGUUUGUAUAAUAUGAGUACAAUAUAAAUAUAAUAAUGUAAAGUGAAGGCAAUGCAAAUUUAUAGUUGCCCAAACUAAACACAUGGCUGUACCACCCACUCACACACCUUUUAAAAGAAGGUACUUAUAUGUAAAGAGAGAGAACAUUUGACUAUUUAUGGAUUUCAAAAUUCUACUUUUUUCAUAGGUUGGGCUAUAAAAGAAAUUAACACGUGGAAUAGGAAUUGUAAGAGAAAAAUUAAACUAUGCAUUUUCUGUUUCAUUUGUAGACCUUCGUGUCCAAAACCACUUGCUGCUAUCAGCAUUUUCUAUUGUGUCCGAAUCGUUUCUUCUCCUGUUCACCCGUCGUUUGUGCCUGAAUUUAUACUGAAGACGCUGACUGUGAACGUGAAAAUAUUAACAAUUACUCCUCUGAUCACUGUGAAAAUAAAAGUAAAACAGAAGUUCUUGUUGUGUCAUAGUUAAUUUAACAUGGUCCUAUCGCACAGGCUGAUCUUUUCUUUUUUGUUGUUGUUGUUGUUGUUGUUGUUGUAGUUGUUGGAUUGAAAGAACUGAAGUAAACAGGAAAUACAAACAAA